AUGCGUUUGAUGGAUCAUCAUGAUAAUUCACAAAUUGUCAAGCGAGACAAUAGCAACGAUUCAAGUCCAAUACCAACACCAUCACCACCACCAAAUAAUCUACGUGUGAAUAGUACUGUACGUUUGACAACUAUAUUUGAUGAUAUUCGUAUUGGAAAAGUUGUAGCAUUUGAUAAUGGAUCAAAUAUGGUUACAUUACAUAUGAAAGGUUCAAAACCAGGUUUGACAUCUAUUGCUGUUGUUAAUUUAAUACAUUGUCGAGAAUGGGUGGUUAUAAAAGAACCUAAUGAUGAAACACUUGAACCACUUUAUCCAAUCGAUAUAAAUAAAUUAAAAAAACGUCAAACAGAAAAUGAAGCUGAAAAGAAAAAAGAAGCAUCAUUUGUUAAUUUAAAAGCUAGUCGAACUGGUCAAGCACUUUUUCGAGAUAUCAAAAAGACAAUGAAUCAAGUUAUUCGUUGGUCAAAUAAUGAUAUUCUUAUUAAUAAUACCGUUCGAAUUGUUGAACCAUAUCGUGCAGAAAAUGUUUCAAUUGACCCUCCAUCACAAUUAACUAAUGCUACUAAUCCGAAAACAUCAGCCAAAGGAGAUAAUGAUACAAAAACACAUAUUAUAAAAUUGGUGGACAAAUUCUGGUCUGAUCAAUCAAAAGUGGCUUUAAAUACGGAUUCGAAUUCAACAGCACGAACUAAAUCAGGCAGUUCGAGUAAAACAACCGAUUCGACAUAA